AUGGCGGCCAAGUACGCUGUCGUAGUUGGAGCAAGUUAUGUGGGUAUCAAAGCGGCGCAAGAACUAGCAAGCACUCUCCAUGGAGUCCAUCACGUUCUUCUCGUCGAAUCGAAUUCGCAUUUCCAGCAUCUUUUCGCCUUUCCACGCUUUGCAGUAGCUACUGGCGUCGACACGGCCAAAGCAUUCAUCCCACUACGACCCGGCGUCUUCGCAGCUAGUCCCGAAGGCUCCGGAAGCAUCGUGCAAGCCCGAGCAACGAGGUUGACCUCGGAAGCCGUCGAGCUCGAUAGAGACGUGCUGUUAGAUGGGGAGUCGAGGCGGUCAAUUCAAUAUGCCUUCCUUGUCAUCGCUACUGGGACCAAGCUCUCGCCACCCUCGACACUACCUGGUACAGCGAAGAAGGAUGGCGUGACUUAUCUCCAGAAACAUGUCCAGCAAAUAGUUCGCAGCUCCAAUAUUGUCGUCAUCGGCGCUGGUGCGGUAGGCGUCCAAAUGGCCACCGACAUCAAGGAGCUGUAUCCCGACAAGAAUGUAACGCUCGUGCAUUCAAGAACGCAAGUCAUGAAUGCCUUUCACCCUCAGCUGCACGAGAUCGUACGCAAACGUUGCGAAGAAUUAGGCAUUGCUAUGAAGCUGGGAUCGAGAGUGAAACUGCCUCCGGGAGGAUAUCCGACCGACGGGAGCAGCUUCACCGUUGACCUAGAAGACGGGACACAAUUACCGGCCGAUUUUGCGAUCAUCUGCACCGGACAGAUACCUCAGUCUGAUAUCCUGAGGACGUUAUCGCCAAGUUCUAUCAAUGAAAGGAGAUUCAUCAAAGUACUGCCUACCUUGCAAAUCAGCGACCACGAUCACCCGAAUGUAUUCGCUCUUGGCGACAUUGCAGAUACAGGUGCACAUAAGGCUGCGCGGCCAGGAAUGGGACAGGCAGCGCUCGUAGCCCGAAAUAUCAUGCACCUGAUCAAGAAAGAGCCUCUUGAGGAUUACGCAGCGUCAGAUCCACCUGCCAUCCAUAUGAGUCUUGGGAUAAGAAAGAACGUAGUUUUCGUUAAUCCGCCACCGGGCUCGAACGAGCCUAUGGUCAAACACCGGGACGAUGGAGAGUUGGACAUGGGCAUACAUGCGGUAGCUUUGAGUAUACGAUCCGGGUUUUCCAUUCAACGUUCCAUGUCUGAGCGUUUGUUUGUCAGCGGAUCAGAUAACGGUAGUGUCGCGUGGCUCGGAGACGCUGUGGCGCUUCGUCACCGGAGCUCUAGUCGAGCUGAGGCCCUCCAAAACACUUACUCUCUCUCAUGGCGACGAGAUAAGCAUCAGCUGGGCAACAUGAGGCGCUUCUUCGGGUUGCUGCUUGCAUUAACAAGCUUCGUGCUGGCCGCGAAGGAUGGACCAACCAUUGAGGAGACCAAGUUCGACUCGCUACCGACCAACCUCUUCUACUUUGAGGAUUCCGAUGUCGUUCUCGUAACGGGCAGUUCUUCGAGAACUGCAUACCGAUCCGACGAUGCGGGUGUCACAUGGAAACCACUCAAUGGACCAGAGAAGGGCGACAUACUAGAGAUCACAAGGCAUCCAUACAACAACCAAGUUGCAGUCGUGCUGGGCUUCGAAAAGGUGCAUUGGAUUACCAAGGAUCAGGGAAAGACGUGGACUGAGUUCACUGUCCCGGAACAGCCUACUCUUGCGCGAUCGCCGGUGGUAUAUCAUGCGAGCGAUCCGAAUCGCAUCAUUUUGUUGACCGCAACGUGCUUUGGCUUCGAGUGCAUGGACAGCGCUUACUACACCACCAACGGCUUCGAGACGGAGGCCCGGUUAUUGCGCGACGAUGCAACCAUGUGUAUUUGGGCGAAGUCCACCAAUCUGUUCACCACUGGCCAGAAGGACCUGGACGCAGAUCAAACGCUCUGUGUUGUAAAAGGCAGCUUCACGCCUUUCUCUUCUGAGUAUAGGCUCAUGAUAUCGUCAGAUUACUUCCUGACGGAAGAGCUUGAGCCGGCGAUGGCGGAUGGACGGACGGUCAGCGGAGUGGUUAACCUGGCUGCAGUUAAGUCAUAUCUGGUGGCAGCAGCUAAGAGCGAGGGCACAACGGAGCUGGCUAUGUAUGUCUCGGACGAUACAUUGACAUGGCAUCGUGCGGAGUUUGGAGGACACAAGCUCGAGGAAGAUGCAUACACCUUGCUCGAAAGCACCAACUACAGCAUGCAGAUCGAUGUAUUGAAUACCAAGCCUACUAGCCCCAUGGGUGUGCUACUCACCAGCAAUAGCAACGGUACCUUUUUCAGAAAGAACAUCGAGCACACCAAUCGCAAUAUGCGCGGCUUUGUGGACUUCGAGAAGAUCCAGAACAUCCAGGGUAUCGUCAUGGUCAAUACUGUCAAGAAUUGGGCGGAAAUCGAGAAGAGCUGGUGGGCGGAUAGAGAAGUUAUUACGCAGAUCAGCUUCGACGAUGGUCGCACUUGGCAGCCGCUCAGUGUCGGCAAGAGCGACCAGCUACACUUGCACUCUGUCACAGAGCAGCGCAAUGCCGGUCGCAUCUUCAGCAGCCCUGCGCCAGGCAUCGUUAUGGGUGUCGGGAACGUUGGAAAGAACCUCAAGACUUACGAGGAAGGGGACUUAUACGUGUCGGACGAUGCUGGCCUGACAUGGAGACUCGCGCUGCAGAGACCGCACCUUUACGAGUUUGGGGACCAAGGAGCCAUUUUGGUUGCUAUUGAAGACGAGGAGACCGACGAGAUUAAGUGGUCCCUCAACCACGGCAAGGACUGGACGACGGCCAAGCUUGCGGACUUCGGCAUAAAGGACAAGAUCCAGCCGACGGCACUCACGACAACACCGGACUCGACGAGCUUGAAGUUCGUAAUGACCGCCACGAAGGGCAGGGGCUCGGUACUGGAUCACUACAUAUAUUCGCUCGACUUCGAGAACCUGGAUAUUCCUAAGUGCAAAGAAAAAGACUUCGAGAAGUGGUAUGCCCGGGUUGACGAGAAAGGGGAGCCAACUUGUAUCAUGGGACACACGCAAAUGUUUCGUCGCCGUAGGGCCGAUUCGGAAUGCUUCGUUGACGAAGAGUUCAAGGACCCGCUGCCGGUGAUGGAAGACUGCAAGUGCAGCAUCGAAGAUUUCGAAUGUGACUAUGAGCAGAACUUCAUGUGGGAUGCCGAGAGCCAGAAAUGCGUGCCUGGCGGUCCUCUGCAUGCGCCUGAAGGCAAGUGCGAGGAUAACGAAGGCACGUAUAUGGGCACGUCUGGCUACAAGCUCAUUCCGGGCAACACGUGCACCAGGAAGGGUGGCGUCUCGCUUGACGAUCCUAUUGAGCGCGACUGCAAGGAUACUGGUGGUCCGGCUGUAACAGGUAUCAGCAGCGAAGUGACAACGUUUAAGGGGGACAAAUUCCUCGAGUACUACUACCUCGAGCGCAGCGAAAGCAGCAGUGGCGAGGAUGAAACCAUCAUCAUGCGUACUGAUCGCCGCGAGGUGUAUCUAUCUCGUGAUCAUGGUAAGAAAUGGUAUCCGGUCGAUACUGACGACGAAGAAGUGGUUGCCGUUUACCCGCAUCAGUAUUUGAACGAUGCGGUGUAUUUGGUGACGCCCUCGAAGACGGUAUAUUAUAGCCAGAAUCGUGGUGGGACGUGGCACACUUUCGAAGCGCCAGAAAGACCGAGCCAAGACCGCGUCCAGAUCCUGCAGUUUCACCCGACACAGAAGGAUUGGUUGAUCUGGACUGGCGGUCGAGAAGGUCAAAGCAUCGCGCAUGUGUCCACAAAGGGCGGUGACGACUGGCAGACGUUGCUUCGUUCUGUCAGGAAGUGCCAAUUUGUUUAUCGCGAAGAUCGCGUUGGAAGCGACCAGCUGAUCUACUGUGAGCAAUACGAGAAUCAGGACUCGGACGCCAAGAUCAACCUACUCAGUUCGGAUGACUUCUUCGAGCACAAGAAGGAGCUGAAGAGGGACGUUAUCAGUUUCGCAACGAUGGCGGAGUACAUCGUAGUGGCGGUGCGAGAUCAAGAUCACUCAAGCCUAAAGGUGGACACCAGCAUCGAUGGCCAGGUCUUUGCUGACGCACAGUUCCCAAGUAACUUCAAGGUGCAACAUCAACAAGCCUACACCGUGCUCGACAGCUCGACACAUGCGGUCUUCUUGCACGUCACCGUCAACAACCACGAGGACAGCGAGUAUGGCAGCAUCAUCAAAUCGAACAGCAAUGGCACGUCUUACGUUUUGGCUGUAAAUGAAGUAAACCGCAACGGACCUGGGUACGUCGACUUCGAGAAAAUGCUUGGGCUGGAGGGCGUAGCGGUCAUCAAUCGUGUUGCGAAUGCGGAAGAUGUCGAUGCUGGCUCGUCCAAGAAGCUCAAGACGUACAUAACGCACAACGACGGUGCUGACUGGGCGCUCAUCACACGACCUGUCGACCCACCUAAGGGGAAGCCGUUCGAGUGUAAAGGCACCAGCGACAAAUGCAGCCUCCAUCUCCACGGCUACACCGAGAGAUCAGAUCCUAGGGAUACCUUCUCUUCCCCGUCAGCUGUGGGACUCAUGAUCGCCACUGGCAACGUUGGCGAGUACCUGAUUUCUAAGAAGGACGCCGAUACUUUCGCCACACGUGACGGUGGCCUGACCUGGACGCAGAUCCUGCCAGGCACCUGGAUGUGGGAGUAUGGCGACCAGGGCUCGAUCGUGGUCAUUGUCCAGGAGGGCGAGCCUACUACACAGGUCAUGUACAGCUUGGAUGAGGGCAUCACGUGGUAUCCAUAUGAGUUCUCUGAUACUGCGAUGACGGUCGAGGAUCUCACUACGGUACCGUCCGAUACCUCUCGCAACUUCAUUCUCUGGGGCAGGAUCAGGGGCGAUCUCACGACAAUCAACAUUGAUUUCAGUGGUUUGGAGGAGCGCAGCAGGAUGUGUGUCUUGGACGAACAAGAUCCAAACAACAGUCAGAGCGACUACUACCUCUGGGAGCCAAAGCAUCCUCUGUCCGACGAUAACUGCCUCUUCGGGCACGUGGCACAAUAUCACCGCAAGAAGCGUGACUCGAAGUGCUACAAUGGUCGCGAGAUUCAGCAUCUACACAACAUCGCUAAGAACUGCACGUGCACACGUCGUGACUUUGAGUGCGACUACAACUACGAAAAGCAGUCGGACGGCUCAUGUAGACUUGUACCUGGCUUGCCGCCACCAGACGCUGCAGCUAUCUGCAAGACAGACAAGAAUAUCAAGGAGUACUACGAUGUCACGGGCUACCGCAGGAUACCGCUCACGACGUGCGAAGGCGGACAGGAGCUCGACUACACGGCUCGGACGCGCCCAUGCCCGGGCUGGGAAGAGGAUUACGAGCGACGGCACGGCAUCGGCGCUGUCGGUCUCUUCUUCGCCAUCAUGUUGCCCAUCGGCGCUGCGGCGGGUGUGGGUUACUGGGUAUGGCGGAAUUGGGACGGCAAGUUCGGCCGCAUACGCCUCGGUGGCGAUGGGCCGGGCUUGGGCGGCUACAGCGCUUUCGAUCGUGAGGCGCCGUGGAUUAAGUACCCUGUCAUGGCGCUUAGUGCGGUCGUGGCGGUGAUUGCGGCGAUGCCGAUGGUGCUUGGCAGCCUGUGGAAGGCGGUCAGCACGAGGUUGGGUAGGAGUGGCGGCGGAUAUACGAGGCCGUACACGAGUAGGAAUAGCUUCCAGAGGGCGCGGGGAGACUAUGCGAUCACCGAUCAAGAUGAGGGUGAGCUUCUGGGUGAAGAAAGCGACGAGGAAGUGUAA